GUGCCCGCGCCCUGGCGCGCACCCUGCUACGUCACGCGCUGGGAAUGCAGCGCGAGGAGCCGCUGCUGCUGUCUCCCUUGCUAGAAAGGCCUUUGGAUCCGCGACGAAAAUGAAACCCAAAGGCAGAGGACUGUAAAACCGCUGACACUGUGAACAGAAACCUGCCAUGUCCGGUCCCACCUGGCUGCCACCACGAACUCUGGACAGCCCCGAACGAACCGUCCCCCAGAUGUCCUACCCUGCUGGGGCAGCCAUCUACCAAGCCCCCAACAAGAAGGGCACGCCUGACUUCAGAGCAAAAUAUGGUCACUAUGAUCAGAAUGGAGGAGGGAUGAGCAACAGAUACAUGGCAGCUGGACCCACAGGUGGGCCCGUUCAUCAUUCGUCAGGUGAUCGUUAUUACUCUCCUCCCCGCGGCCCCUCGGAGGAUCGCAGCUGGAGUCCUCACAUGGAGAGCUACGAGCUGGUGCACCGCGGUCCUGAGAAGCCGGUUGGCUACCACUCUAAGAUCGAUGCUGAAAUCGACUCCCUCACCAGCAUGUUGGCUGAUCUGGACAGCCAGCCCCCGGACUCCAGCACUCAGCUCUACGACAACGUGCCUUACAACAAAUACAUCUCAGGGGAUCAUUACAAUCACCAGAGCUCCGCCCCCCCUCAGGGCCGGACUUCCAUCAGCUACAACUCUCACCCCCAGAGCCAAUACCGCCCGGCCCCUCCCUACCCCGACGAGCACCAGAGCCCUCAGUACUCCCACCAGCAGGACUACUACUCCUCUUCCAGCCAUAAAGCCUACCCCCAGCCCGUCCCGGCCUCCUACACCACCGCCUCCACCCCCACCGGGCCUCGGUUCAGUGUACAGGUCAAGACGGCGCAGCCCGUCACCUACUCCCAGACCGGCAGGCAGGCAGAGCAAGCCUAUACCCCUCCCCCUCCUCGCCAACACACGUCACGACCCCCAGCCCAAACUCAGACCGGUCUGCAGGGCUGGUACCCCUCACACCCCAGCUCACAAGUUCAGGAGAUGCACUCUGAGGGGGGGUACAAGGGCAGUGGUAUGGGGUCAGGGGGGCGAGGUAACCAGGUCGCACUGCCAAAGAGAGGGAUGGAAAAAACUCAGAUGGGUUCGGUGCAGACGGCGUUUUAUCAGUCCAGCAAGCAGGGGGCAGCAACGUCGAGGCCCGAGGAAGAGCUGGAUCGUCUCACCAAGAAGCUGGUGUACGACAUGAACCACCCCCCUGCGGACGACUACUUUGGCCGCUGCGCUCGCUGUGGGGAUAACGUCGUCGGUGACGGCAGUGGCUGCAUUGCGAUGGAGCAGGUGUUCCACGUGGAGUGUUUCACGUGCAUCACGUGCCACGCACGUCUCCGAGGGCAGCCGUUCUACGCUCUGGACAAGAAGAGUUACUGUGAGAGCUGUUACAUUAGUACGUUGGAGCGCUGUUCAAAGUGCUCAAAGCCCAUCCUGGACCGGAUCCUGCGGGCCAUGGGGAAAGCCUACCACCCCCGCUGCUUCACCUGCGUGGUCUGUAACUGCUGCCUGGACGGGGUGCCCUUCACUGUGGACGCCACGUCUCAGAUCCACUGCAUAGAUGACUUUCAUCGGAAGUACGCACCACGCUGCUCGGUCUGUGGCGAGCCCAUCAUGCCCGAACCGGGGCAGGAGGAAACCGUCAGGAUUGUAGCUUUGGACCGCAGUUUUCAUGUCAACUGUUACGUUUGUGAGGAGUGUGGCCUCCUGCUGUCGUCUGAAGGCGAAGGGCGAGGCUGUUACCCGCUGGACGGCCACAUCUUGUGUAAGAGCUGCAGCGCUCGCCGCAUCCAGGACCUGUCGGCCAAAAUCUCCACCGACUGCUAACGUUGUCGCACAAACCCAAAGCAUCACGGACGGCACGCCUCUGCUUUCUUCAGACUGUUUCCCCCUUUUUGUUUCCAAGUAUAAACUGGGAACGUCGAGCGUUGGGUUGCAGUCAGAGCACGUCACCGCUGUAUUUCCCUUUAACGUUUUCCCCACGUCACCUUCACUUCCUGCAUUUUCGGUACGUCAUUAAUCAUGUUUCUCAGUAUUAGUACGACCGUGGCCUGACCUGCAGGCAGCUCGGGCUCCUUUUUCCACGGCUCCACUCCGGUACUGAUCAUAUCUCACUUUAUUGUCACAAUCAAGCUGAACGUUUACAGUUUUUAAAACUAAACACUGAUUUUUAGUUUCUUUUCCUUUCUUUUUUGGACCCAAUAAUUUUGACGGACUUGUGUAAAAUGUUUCCAAACAAACAAAAAAAAAGAAUGGAACUAUUUUCGUAAAUCACUUAUCAGAGAUCUGAGCUGCCUCACGGUUUUCAAAUUAAAAGCGCAGAACCUAACCGAAUACUGUGACUGUACAGAAACACAAUGGGUUGGUUUGAAAUGGUUUUGAAGAGUUUCGAGCUGUGAAAUCUACAGUGAAGUCGCCUCAGAAAGACAAAUGUAGACAAAAAAGAAUGUUUAGCUAACAUGAUUUAGCAUUUCUGAACACUUAACAAGAUUAGUUUCUCCUAACGGUGUCACGUUUAGUUAUUUAGCUCAUAAAACGAUUUCUGCAACUGAAGCUCGACAAAAAAAAAAAAAAAAAUCUGACAGUUUGUCCUUUUGAAGAUGAUGAUGUAA